AUGACAAGCCUCCUUAUUACCGGUUCCACCGGAUACAUUGGCGGCUCUAUUCUUUCAACUUUAUUGGCUUCAAAAAAUCCAUUUAUCAAAGACUUGAAAAUUUCUGUCCUUGUUCGGAAUCCAGAACAAAUUAGCUUGCUAGAGCAAAAAGGGUUGAACGUGAUCUUGUUUUCAGGGCUAGAUGACACAGACGCAAUAAAGAAGGCAGCGAGCGAACAUGAUAUUGUCGUCAACUCAGCCAGUGCUUUUCAUCAUCAAUCAGCCGAAGCCAUCAUCGAUGGUUUGGCCGAAAGGCAAAAAGUAACAGGAAGCCCAGUACAUCUCAUCCACACAUCGGGAACAUCGAGUCUCGGUGACCGUCCCAUCACUAAAACUUAUACCGAAACACGAGUCUUUUCCGAUGAAGAAGAUGUUUUUGCGUACGAGAUUUACCGAGAAAACCUGGAAAAAUAUGCACAACGCACGACCGACAUUGUCGUUGUCCAAAAUGGCGAAGCUGCAAAGAUUAAGACGUAUAUAAUCAUGUCGCCUACCAUUUACGGUAUCGGUAGUGGGUUCUUCAACCGCACUUCUAUCCAAAUUGAUGCCAUCAUGCGUGCUGCGAAGCGCCAGGGGUUCACAACUGUCAUCGGUGAAGGCAGGGGGCAGUGGGACCACGUUCACAUCGAAGACUUGACUGAGCUAUACGAGCUUGUCAUUUCCCGAAUUUUGAAAGGAGACGAGCUGCCUUCCAAUAGACAAGGGAUAUAUUUUAGCGAAACAGGUAAUCACACGUGGCACGAGGUGUCGGAGAGGAUUGCGAAGACAGGUAAAGAGACCGGUUUUCUGUCUUCAGAUGAAGUAAGGGAAGAAACUUUAGAAAAUGGUGCAAAGGCAGUUAAAAAUCCGCCCGAGGUUGCUGAACUUGGAUUUGCCUCUCACUCACAAACGAGGGCCAACUUGUCGCGAAAGAUUGGAUGGGUUCCCAAGAAAACUAGGAAAGACUUUGAGGACAGCUUCCUGGAGGAGUGGAAGAUAAUCGGGGACGAGAAUUAG